UGGCUGCAAGAGGGAUCUUUGAUAGCAUGGGAGUUAGAGAUGUGUUCUCUUGGACGAGCAUGGUUAUUGGGUGUGCUAAAAGCGGUGAGCUAGAGCUGGCAAGGAUGUCGUUUAAUGAGAUGCCGGAGAGGAAUGUGGUUUCCUGGAGUGCCAUGAUUGCUGGGUAACCACCCAAAGGAAGCUUUAGAAUGGUUUGUAACAUGCUGGAAGCUGCGUUUGUUCCAAUGGAGAACAUUAGUUCGUGUGCUCUCUGCUUGUGGUCAAUUGGAUUGCUUGGAAUUUGGUCAGUGAAUCCAUUGAAACUACAUCAUCGUUACAAAACACAACGAAUCAGUGUGAUCACAGCAAACGCGUUCAUUGACAUGUAUGCUAAAUGUGGGGUCAUACAUGAAGCUGAAAAUAGGGAGUGUCAGCAGUUGAAGUCUCUUCUUGCUGAAGCAGAGAAGAAUUUAUCUAUUUCUGAUUCAGCUGCGAGAAGGGUGCGGAAGUUAGAGAAAAAUGAGAUUUUCACACUUAAAUUAGCUCGUGCUCUCAUUGAUGAUAUUCAGGAUCUGAGAAUUUUGGUGCUUUACUCUGGCAAGGAAUGGAAUCAUUUGUUACAUGGAAAAUUUCAGCACAAUGUCAUUUAUAUGCUUUUGUUGUGAUAUCUUGUGGUCUAUUUGGAUUACCCAUAACAAAAGGCCAAGGCAAGACAAGGCUUGGGGGUAGAUUAGCCAGACUAUAAAGGAGAAGGACUUAUUUGUACUUGUUCCAGGAUUUUGAGUCAAAAUAAUACCGCUUCUUUUCCUUCAAACGCAAUCUCGUCCUACGUUCCAGGGAAUCUUUUAAACUAAUCUCCUAAUAUAUAUUUGAAUGGCAUCUUUGCUUAAGCUCCUUCAAUUAUUGCUUUCGAAUAUUCUCAUGGUAUUGCUCUUUGUUUCUGAGGAUCCAAUUAAUAAGCAAAUCAUCGAGACUUGGCUGUUGACCUCAACACUCUCGUCUGCAUUGACCGAAGCAUUGACCUCUUCAAUGUCUGGGAUGUGAACCAGGCUUGGAAUAUUGGGUGUUCUUGUUCUUGGUACAUGUAAAGAGGUAAGCUAAGCAUCUCUUUUGAGAUCUCCCUAGCUGCUGCAGCGAUGCCAAAUCGCUUUCUUUCUUCGAGUUCCUUAGCAGGAGUAUUGUAUAACAAUCAACUUCCUUUGCGUUUGCUUGAGAUGG